CAAACACUUGAGCAUUUUUGCGCCCUAUAAAUAGUUGUAAACCCCUUUUGAAACUUCAAACCAAGAAAGCUAAGGAGAUCAAGCACCUCAGCAAAAAUGGCUACAAGUAAUUUGCAAACUCUUGUUCCUGUUCUAUCUCUCCUUCUCCUGGCUCAUGUUUCGACCUCCUACGGGGGUGGCAUUGCGGUUUACUGGGGCCAAAGCGCCGCUGAAGGAACCCUAAGAGAAGCAUGUGCCACAGGAAGAUACAAGUACGUUAUGCUUGCUUUCCUCAACAAGUUCGGCAGCGGUCGUGCCCCGUCGAUCAACCUCUCUGGCCAUUGUAACCCCGCAAAUGGCGGUUGCACGGUGGCCAGCCGAAACAUCAAGUUCUGUCAAAGCAAAGGGAUAAAGGUUCUCCUCUCCAUUGGAGGUGGCAUUGGAAGCUACUCCCUUGCAUCUCCUACUGAUGCCAAAAACUUUGCCACCUAUCUCUACAACCACUACCUUGGUGGCCGAUCAUCCGCUCGACCAUUGGGGGACGCUGUGUUGGACGGUAUCGACUUCGACAUCGAGCUUGGCUCGACUGCGAAUUGGCAAUACCUUGCAAGGUACCUAAAGGAGUUGAGCAAGCCAAAUAAGCGAGUUUACUUAUCAGCUGCUCCACAAUGUCCAUACCCUGAUAGAUUUCUUGGCAAAGCCCUCAACACAGGCCUUUUCGACUACGUUUGGGUUCAGUUCUACAACAAUCCUCCAUGCCAAUACCAACCCGGCAACAUCAACAAGCUCAUAUCCUCAUGGAAUCGUUGGACGUCGUCGGUGAGGGGCUCAGGGAAGAUUUUCCUUGGCUUGCCAGCAGCUCGAGGAGCUGCGGGGAGUGGAUAUAUUCCACCUAAUGUGCUCACUUCUCAGAUUCUUCCCAAGAUAAAGAGGUCCCCCAGAUAUGGAGGAGUGAUGUUGUGGUCUCGUUAUUGGGAUAAGCAGACAGGAUAUAGUUCUGCCAUUUUCAGAAGUGUCUGAUAUAUAUAUAUAUAUACAUAUAAUGAUGUUCUCUAUGAGCUUCGAAUAAAUUACAUAGGGGCAUUAUGUUGUUUGUAUUAUGUUGUGUUAGUUUCUUUCACGUACUGUCUUUAUAUAUAAUAAUCAUCCUAUGAAGGUGAUAAUAUAA